AUGCCCUUCCUACGGUGUACGCUGGAGGUGGUUCUCGAUGAUUUGGGUGGUAUUGGGCUUUGGGAACCGCUCGUCCAUCCCGGCCUGAACCUACUCAUUCGACUAACACGCAUGGAGGUGGUACUAGGACGUGCAAGCUGUGGGACUUGGUCAAUUGAGGUGUUGUGCGCGACGGUCUUGUCAGGGUGGACGACUUACAGCAGAUUCUAUUUCUUCUCCCCUCACCCCUUGACGCACUCCUCGGCUUCUUGUUUAUUCAAUGGUCGCUUUGAUUCAUGCCCGGCUAGGGUGUUCAGUCCGCGUUAUGGGCCUGGAGUUGUUUUAUUGAGUAGAAGACUAGGGGGCAUAUAG